AUGGUUCGCCGGAAAACAUCUGACUCUGAUGGGCAACAAAAUACAGUUAGUGAUCGCAUGAGUUUCGUUUUUGAAGAAACAACAUUUCGCUGGAGCGAAUGGGAUCAACAAAUCAUUCUCGGUUCUUAUUGGGCUGGUUACCUAUUGACUCUCGUUCCAAGUGGUUGGUUAUCAAUAUCUUUAGGAGCAAAGCUAAUGUCUGCCACUGCAGUUUUCUUUAGCUCAUCAGCUACGAUCGCGCUUACUAGUAUUUAUUACUUCGAAAAUGCUUCAUUUCCACUUGUUGUUAGCUUACGAAUACUCAUCGGUGCUGCUCACGGUAUUCUCUUUCCAGUCACCUAUACACUUUGGUCACAAUGGGCGGUACCUAACGAACGCGGUACUUUGGCAUCGAUCGGUUUUUCUGGAACAAACAUCGGAACGUCAUUGGUAGUCCUCGCCGGUGGUCUCUUUUGUCAUUAUAUAGAUUCGGGUUGGAUAUACAUUUUUCUUCUAUCAGGUAUUCUUGGCUUUAUCUGGUUACCAUUAUGGUUAUGGCAGGUGUCUGACGCGCCAGAAAACCAUCGAAGUAUUAGUAAUGCCGAACGACAAUACAUUGUUGGUAUCAUCGGAGAAAAUUCACAGCGUCGUUCUGUAUCAUUGUCUGCAUUGCCGUGGAAGACCAUUGUCCGGUCAAAGCCGAUUAUAGCAUUAUUCCUAACGGAAACAUGUCAACUUGUUGCCUUAUUUUUUUUUCUUAGUAAUCUCGGCAAAAUUCUGCGAGAAAUUCAACAGAUUCCCAGUCAAUAUACCGGUUAUAUACUAGCCUCUGGAUUCGUCUUCAUGUUAGUUGGAAAUAUAUCAGCAGGAAUUGCGGCAGAUAAUCUCGUUCGAAGAAGCAUUAUGACAUUGGUAGGAGUGCGCAAGUUAUUCAAUUCUUUGGGAUCAUUCAUACCUUGUCUGUGUAUGAUUGUAUUCUGUUUUUGUGAUGAAAAACGGAGAAUACUAGGCGUAAUUAACGUCGUAUUCUUCCUUUUGAGUUCAGGUUUCUCCUAUGGCUCUGGUUAUAUCGUGAAUUAUGCAGACGUUGUACCGGCGUAUGCUGGUUUAAUUUUCGGCAUCGUCACUGCAAUUUCGUCGUUUGGUGCAGUAAUCGCAAAUCUAAUAGCAGGAAUCGUGAUUAAGCAGCCCAUACUUGAAGACUGGAGAAAAUUGUAUAUUCUCUUCGGUAUUAUUUAUCUUAUCGGUGGACUAGCUUUCUUGUUAUGGGCUUCAGCUACACCUGAGAGAUGGGCUACUCUGGGAUCUCAACAAGAAAAUAAAACUAUCGAAGAAACAGUACCAAUGAACGAGAGUGAACAGAACGAUAAUAGAACUCGAACGGAUGAACAUUUGUAUAUCAAUGCUUAG